GAUUGGAUGGCUUUUACCAAAUUAAAGACUGGCAAUUUUACCUUGACUGAUAGUCUCGUGUUUAAAAACAACAACUCACCAUCAAACAAACAGGACAACAACGCUAUUUGCCAGGUAUAUGUAUAGUGUCAUGUUUGAUAGUGUUCAGCAUUGAAAGCUCAUGUUUUCCUGUUUCCUCUGCUUGUCUUUGUCGUUCAAAUUAAGGAUUAACUAAAUCUUUGAAUAAAUUGUAUCCUCUCAAAAGAAAAAGUCUCAUUUUUCCGGCCUGCAGUUAGUUGUUAGAAGAAAUCAGAAAUAGAUGUUAACGUUGUCUUUCUUGGAAAAUAACUACCUAUUUGAGUUGAGAUUUAUAUCAUUUGUUUUUGUUCUGAUUUCAGAUGGUUAAGUUCCAGGACGUCUUUUAUGCCCCUCCAGUUGUAGUGGUGUCUCCAAGACUUGGUUACAAUAACAACAAAUCACGUUUAUCAAGAUUCGAACCAUGCAACGCAGUUAUUUCCUGGGUUGAGGUUAGAAAUAUGUAGUCUACCUAUUCUUACUGUGGUUCGAAUGAGGAGAAUUUGUUUAAAAGUCAAGGAAUUAUUUCCUUUGAUCGUUUCCCUUACUCACGUUAUAAUAAGUAAACCUAGAUUUUUCAAACAACGUUAUUUGCUUAAGAGGUUUUUACUAUUAUAUAGCGUGAUAUAUACAGACAAUAAAGACUGUUUAUAGUUUCUCAUUUUUAAUUACUAUAAAUACGGCAAAUUAAAUAAAACCAAGCUCUCAGCAAAGAAAACACUUGUACAAUAACUUUGGGGCAGACUUCUCAGAUGAAGACUGACUUUUUUAUAGUUACUCGUUUGGUUCUUUAAAGUUAAUUUCUAAAAAAAAAAAUAGUCCCACAGGUUCUUAACAAUUAGGUUUUGACUGCAAUUAUUGCACUAACCAUAAUUUUUUUGGAAUAAAUUAAUCGAACAAGUUGGCUAAAACUAAAGUUUAGAAAAAUUAUUGUAUUGUGUUAUCUUUUAUUAUAUAUUCACAUACGUUUUAACCUUUGAAUUUACCCUAUUGCAACAAAGUGUUAUAUUAUGUGGAAUAUGAACUCAAAGUUUUUUUUUUUCGCUGUUUUCGAAUGUGCUUAGCAUACAUCUACAAACGAAACAGAAGUGUGUGUGAGAAGCUACAACAAUGACGCCAACGAUCAAAAGGAUAUUAUGAAAGUCGAUUAUAUGGUAAUUGGAGGUAGGCAAUAAAUUAUAUAACAUAAAAUGAGGGAAUAGCAGGGAAUUUAUGUGCUCUUUUAAUAAUUAUACGUACACAAUAGUGAAAAUCUGCACGAUGCUUAAGUGCAUAAUUAUGUUUUGAUCAAAUUUUAUCCCAAGUUUUAUCCAAAGUCAUUCAGAUUAUACCGUCAUUUCUAUACCCAAAAACAAAAGAAAGUGAAAUUAAAAGCUAAUAGUUUAAAUGGGUUGCAAUCUACAACAUUUAUGGAAAUAUUCUUGUGGUUUAACCAGUGCCCUGGUAACUCUGAAAUUCCAGGGUAAUUCCAGGAUAGUUUAUCCAAUGACGAAAUGAAUGAACCUUUAAUGCUGCCCUCUGAUUUCAUGACUUGUAUGUUUGUCUUUUAGACUUGGAUCCUUGUAUAGAUGUAACAUGUCAUUAUCACAGCCUGUGUAAGGCUUUUGGACCUAAUGAUGCACGCUGUGUGUGUUUGGACAGCUGUCCAACUUACAAAGAACCUGUAUGUUCAUCCAAUGGCACAACAUACGACAACAAAUGUCUAUUUGAACAGGAAGUUUGUCUCCAUCGACUAAACUUUACCAUACAACAUCAUCCUGGCAGCUGUGAAGGUCAGCCACUUUAUUACCUUAUUUCAAGGUUUUUCCUUUUUAAUGAAUUCUGCUAAUCUUUCGCUUAAUAGUAAAAGUUUCUUUCACUACGUUUUUGUUUACUUUCCCACUCUUUCUAAAGUAAAGUUAUUGCGUCAACAAUGGAUUUAAGUUCUUUACUUUUAAGUUUCAGUUAAGUUUUAAGUUCUUUAGCCCAGUAUAACUAAUCAUUGUAACUUCUUUUUAGGAUUUCCAUUUCAGCGUGGUCGCCAUCACAUGCCCCAUAUUCCAUCUCUGGGUUUUUCUCACUGUCAAGUAAUUCGUUUUAAGCCUUUUGUGUUUUAUCCUGACAAAACCAUUGAAGUGCAGAUUACUGUCAAUCAUAUCGAUACCAGUGUUAAAUCCUAUGUCCACGACGCGGCAGUAUCGUGGAUUGAAAAUGUCAAUAACGACGGAUUUACUGCCUGUGUGAUGGCAGCAGGAUAUAACGAAAGAAAGUCGUAUGCUAACGUGACCGUUGAUUGGAUGGCGUAUCAAGGAGCUCCAGUGGGAGGCGUGACUGGUGAACUGCGCAUGUCACAGUGGUGGACAGGAACAACUUGCGCAACUGUGAGAUUUCCCACCGUAAGUUGCUUUGAUCUAUAGUUCUCGAUGCUCUCUUUUUCAAAUCGUUUAUGAUCACAUCAUCCAGUUUAACAGAACAAUAAAAGAGAGCAAUAAAAGUUGCUUCGAAUCGUUACUAAAAAGUGAAGAAAACUGAUUAUGAUAAGUUAAACCUCGGAGUAUGCCAAGCAUUUUAGCAGAAUGACGAUGUUACGUUAUUUCGCUCGCAGGGGAAAUUUUCAGUCAAACCUUCAGUCUUUGUGACGUCAAAGCAUUACAAUCCAGGACUAAAACGUGACGUUGCUAGUGUAUGGAUUGAAGAUGUAACGAAAUCAUCAUGUCAAGUUUGUAUGAGAGAACUGCAGAAUUAUGCUGGAUCUCACCGAGACAUUUUUGUUGUAAGUACAGUGUGUGAUUAUUUUAAGUGUCAAACAUUGAUCAUGCAUUGGGCUGUCACGCUUUAACGUAGAGCCAAAGCUUUGACUUUGGCUCAGGCUUAAGCCACAGGUAAUUCCACAGAGUCCUUGAAGAGCAGCUGUUAGCGGCAUCAUAAAUCGAGCAACUCUGCAAAUUCAUUUCAGAAUUAGUUAUUAAAAACCGCAAGUUACUUUUUAACAUUCUUCACCUUCAUGUCUUACUCUUUGUUUUUUGAAUAGUUAUCUUGAUUGAUUUAUUUUUUUUUGUAUCCAUGUCGAUUAACAAGAACUUAUGCGUAGUUGAUUGACUUGUAUUUUUAGAAUUGGCUCGCCUUUUCGAAUCUUCCCAACACUCCCUUUUCAGAACAUAGCUCGAUCUACUUUGCAAAUGAUAAACCUCCCGACAGGAGCCAUUAUAAUGCAUUUUGCAAGGUUAGUAUUAACGUCUGAGUUUAAAUCCAAAUCUAAGUUUAAAUCCUUUAAUAAGGGAGCUGUCAAAUUUUACCUUCAGGUCUUACUAGUGCGUUGAAAGAUUUUUAAUCUUAGCAAUGUACAUUGAUAUGGAAGAAAAAGAAAAAGCACUUUUAUUUAAGUGUCAAUGUGUUUAGCUCGAAAGUACUAAUUGGAGACACUACGUCUACGUCUCCUACUGGAGACGGGACCGCCAUUUUACGUGGUCGUCCGAGCCACGCGAAGGUCUGGCCAUUUUGAGGGCAAAGCAAGUACCUUCAUUUUUUAGUUAUUUUGAGAUCCUGAGUAUUGGUCCGGUCCCGGGAGUCGAACCCGCGACCUUCCGUUCAGCAGUCAAACGCUCUACCGACUGAGGUAAACCUGCCGCGGUAUGGACUGCAUACUGACAUAUUUCGAUUAAUGUAACACCCUAUUUAUUUUGGCCCUAAAGAAACCAAAGUCACACAUUCACUAGCUCACAACUCAUUCACCUCUGUGAUACGUACAAUUUAAUUUGUCCAUUUCAUUUCCGUGGAACAGUUUUAGGUUCAAUUAUUCCGUGAGAGGGGCUAAAGAAAAAGCGUAAAUGUUAACCUCCAUUCUAAUGGCAAUGUCAAGUUGUCAAUAUUGUUGUUGUUGAAGCCUGCAUGUUUUGCAAUAGGCUUCUUGUGCCGAGUUGGGUUAGCUAUCCUCCAAAUAAAAUUGGCUUCAAAAUCUCUUUCCUCGUACUGUUUUUGUAUUAUAGCAAUUAACAAGUACGUCACGUAAUUGCUUUUUCUGGACGAUGAUAAUGUUGAUGUGGCAUGCUGUUCCCAAGAUAUUCAUUUGCAGAGAACUGAAUCAGUUAAUUCACGAUUAUCUCAAACAUCAUCACUCGAAAAGAAGAAGAAACCCUUUUUAUAAGGUGGAGCGAGGCCAAAUGAACUUGAGAAACUUGAAAACUUUAGACCGAAGUUCUCAGGUUUCAGUAUAUUUCCUUCUUACCCGUCUAAAAUCGAGGGAACUGUAAAUAGUAUUGGUAAACAGCUUAGUAAAUUUUAGUUCUCCAGACUCUCGUUGAAUUGCAAGUAGACGAUAUCUUGGUGACACUUCUCCUUCAAGUUUAAUAAAAUACUUCUUUAUUUUCCCAGGACGUUAUCUUUGCUAGAACUUAUAACACAACGCCACACGUCUUCGUUUCUGCUUCUCAUUCAACAAAAGGAGGGAAUCAAAGACCAGCUCAUAACAGCAUAGCUGCCUGGGUGGAGGUUGGUAGCUUAGGCGAUGUCAGGAUAUUAAAAUUCAUAUCAAAUCGACCUUGGCGGAUUAAACCUAGCUGUAUUGUCUUAAAUCCAAAAAUUGUUACUUUGGUGAGACUGUCAAGUUUUGCUAGGAUUUACCGAAAAUACUUAGUAAUUAUAUUAUUGGAAAUCAGAAAAGAAGAACAUUCAUUUUGAUAUUGUUAUAAAUGGGGCAAAAUUACUUGUGUAUAUGGGUGUAUGUGCCAUUAUUUAUGAAGUUUGAUAGCAGUACAGAAUACUUUCCUAUCGGGUACUUUUUUGACUCUUUACUAUAUGAUUGAUUUGAUGGUAUAAAAAAGCGUUUUUCGAUCAAUUCAGUGGUAAAUUACCUUGAAAUUACUUACUGCAACAAAAUGUAAAGUGAAUUAGGUUUUAAUUUCUCCUGUGUUUUAUGCAAUGUAUAUUUUCUGAACUGUCUACCUUUUCAUGCAAAAUCUUGCCGGCUUUCAGAGCUGUAAGGCUCCUUUAAUCAGAUGUCGAGCUCAGUCACAUGUGCUUUAUGUAUGAUCCUAAUAAGGAAACUAUACUGAUCUCACUCAGGGUUAGACGCAGCGCUUAUGUGAAUUAAUGUAAGCUAAGAUCUAUGUUUGAAACUGGCCUAAUAUACAUACUGAUGUUCACUGCUUUUUACGUACAGUACAUUAACAGGACAGGCUUUCGCGUUUGUGUCAAAGGCUGUAUGAGGCAAAAUACGACCCACUUUUCAUAUCCUACACAGUUUUAUCAGGUAAGAGCUUUAAUGCAAAACAGAGACGAUUUUUUUACGGUAGACCUUCCAAUAUUGUCUCUUAUUUAUGACACAAUGUCGUGUUUUAUACUCAUAGACGUCUGUCCAGCUGGAUGGGAUUACUUCAGUGGAUACUGCUAUUUAACAAACUCUGUAUGCGUACCUUGGGUGACUGCUGUGUCCAACUGUUCAGCCAUGAACUCACAUCUGGUAACAGUGCACAACCAAGAGGAAAAUGUCUACAUACAGCACCGUCAUAAUGGCGAGCGAUCAUGGAUUGGACUUAAUGACCGAAGUGUUGAGGGAUCGUUUGAGUGGACAAACAAGGAAAUAACUAGCUUUGAUUUCUGGGCUCCGCAACAACCAAACAACUUGAAAAACGAAGACUGUGUUCACACCCUUGGUGCAGAGCAUGGCUACACUUGGAACGACGUGUCAUGUGAUAAAUGCUUCAACUACACUUGCGCUAAAGGUAUUAAAGUUCUUAAUUGUUCUAAACCUAAGAAAAUCUUCAAAACCAACUUGUCACUAUCUUAGUAACAAUAGAUAAUUUUACAGCAUAUAGUGUGCGUGUUUUUGUCGUUGUUGAUCUUAAGAUAUAUGCCUUCUUCAAUGUUAUGUGGUCAGAUGCAGGUUAUUUGAAAUCAAGUUGAAGCUGGCUACCCUGCCUGCAGGGGUUCUUGUUUGUAAAUUGUUACACAGCUUCUUCCUCGUCACGUCAUUAUUAAGGUCAUUUUUUAGUGAAAAGUACCUGUGUCCUAACACUACUCUACAAAAUAAGAUCAUGCUUAUAAAAUCGUAUUGUAGGCAAAUCAUGAGUGAUUUUUUUAUCUACUGCAGAAACGGACAAUUGCACUUGCAAUUAUUACAGGUGUGAUGCAAAGACUGCUCUUUAGAAUACCACUGAGUUCACAUAUUGGCACUUACAAAGAUGGUCAGAUUUCUUGAAAAUGGAAAAAAAAGUGCGUUUUGUAACUAACUCCGCGUCUGUGACCUUCACGUUCUUAAUUCUUACCAACCUAGCGAAGAAAUGUAAUGGGUAUUUUAUAUAGCUUAAUUUUGCGGACAAUUCAGUUUUAACGAACACAGAAAAAUCUGUAAAUAACAAAAAGGGGUGAUGAAUGGUCCAUUAAAAUUUUUAACUGCUCGCAAAAUUUUACCUUUGCUCGAUUUGCUCGCAAAAUUGAAACGAGUGCUCGCUCGCUCGUGCUCCCCAAAUUUUUGCAGUUGCUUGCAAGCUCGCAAAGCAAAUUUUUUAUUUCUGCUCGUGCUCGCAAAAAAUCGCAGUAUUCGGCGUGCUCGCGAAUGCUCGCAAAGACCAUUCGUCACCCCUACAAAAUACCCUCUUGCCACAACCUAGUCUCCUUAUGGUAUAUUAUAUGAACAAAAAGAGCUUCCUUCUGGGCCUUCAGUUUGACUUUACUGUAUGUUGUAGUUAAUUUUUUUCUUGAUUAAAAUUUUAUUUUCCUUUUUUUCAAACCCAUUAUCAUACAUCAGUGCGCCAAAAGACAAAGCAAAACCAAAUUGAAACCAAGGAAAAAUUAAAUCAACGCAUGAACUAAUUAGCUAUGAGGCACGGACUGCGCAUUUUGUAUUUUUUUGUCAUUAGAUAUAGAUGAAUGCAGCAACAAAAGCCAUACCUGUGAUGUGAAUGCGGUUUGUAGCAACACUCAAGGUUCUUACAACUGCACUUGCAAACCUGGAUACUCAGGAGAUGGAAAGAAAUGCAUUGCAGUUG